UCAUGAAGCUGAUAACAGAGCUGCAGCUGUAGCAGGUUCAGAGACCAUCUCUGUAAGCAGGUGUGUAGCCAGAAAAAUGAAAGAUUUUUAGGUGUGGCACGGCGAGCAUCAUGAUGCUGUUUUAAGCCGUCAUCGUGUGUUAGUGGAGCAUGCAUUCAAAAAAAAAAAAAAAAAAAAUUGAGGGAGCAAGCAGGCGUGAUGCUCACCUGGGAGGAGCUGGGGCAGGUGGAUGCUGCUUAUUAGGAGGUGAGGGGGGGCGCCGCAAGAGACGAGCAGGAGUGAGAGGAGAGGAGGUGCUGAGGAGCUGGAGGAAAACACACUCGGACUCAGGUUACCUAAACAGUCCCGGACGGUCGCCAAGAUGUCGAGGGUGUACAGUUCUGUGAAGAUCAACAAGUUUCAGUCCAGUGACCUGGCUGAGCUGAUUUCUCGCAUGAAGAGAAAUUUUGACCGAGUGGAGAAGACUAUCCUGCAAUCGGAGGAGCUUCUGGCUGUGGACAAAGAGCGUGAUAGGCAGAAUAUGACCCGGAUCCACAAGAGAGCAAAUACAAACAACCUGAAGGAGGCUGAGCGGCUGCUGAGGGAACUCUUUGCGGACUUGGAAAAGUCAAAGAAGAUGCAGCACCCGCAGGCUCUGGAGAUAGAGAGAGAUAUGAAAAGUCUGCACGAUCGUUUGGAGAGGGACUGCGCCAUCUUCAGGGACCUGUACAACCAGACGCUAGGUCUGGAGCUGACACAGACAGUUGAUGUAAGACCUGUUGUAGAGGUGGAUCACCCACAGAGGGCAGUCACUGUCCAAAGUUCUCCAGGGGGUCCCAGAGCUGCCGACUUGGCCAGUGAAUUAGACAGGAUCUACAGAGACCUUGAAGAGUGCGAAGGACAAAUCCGGGGAAGACUCAGGGCACCGCUGGACAACCGCAGCCCCACACAGGACCUGGUCAACAGGCUGCAAGAGCUUGAGAAAUCUGCUCAGACUGUCAGAAAACUAGAGUCUGAGAAGGCUGCGGUGCAGAGAGAGAUGGGGCCUAUUCUGGCUAAGAAAUCACUGGAACCCACCGCCUCCAGCCUGCCCCCCAAACUCAGCGCUGUCAACAACAAGAUCGAUGACAUCAGCACCCUCAUUGAUCUUUAUAACAAGAAAGCCACAGCCUCCAUGAACCUGGAAAAGCAGAUUCGGUACAUGGACAGCAUCGUCUCUGGGUCUGAGGAGCAGCUGGCCAAAGAUGGAGUCAUUAUUGAUGAGCAGAAGGCCCUUGAGAAACGCAACAGGCAGCUGCAGCUAAUGCAUAAGGAAAUCGCCUCAAACUGGGAUGAGCUGACGAAACUAGGCAGAGACUUGGACCUGACAGAACAAGCGUGCAGCCACCUGCAGUGCAGUUUCAAAGAAUACUGUCCUGACAUCCAGCGGCAGGAGGACGAGGUGGAGAGGCUGCACAACCAAUACACAACUGUCAAGAAUGAGCUCAAGGAAAGGCUUGAUCUCAUAGGGGAAGCAAUCACUAAAAAUCAAGACUUCCAGACUGCUCUUCAGUCCCUGGAUUUCUUCUUGGUCAACUUACCAAAUAAUGCCAUCAGACUUAGUGAUGAUGUGGAGCAGAUCAGAGCCAAGCAGAACUCUCAAAUGCGAGUGGUGGAGGACAUCAGGAGUAAAUCAAAGGAGUUAGACCGUGUCAGGAGUCUUUCCCAUGAUCUCCAGAGUGUCUUAUAUGAGUAUGAGGUUAGGUCAAAAAGUUACCAUGGCACUCUGAGUGAGGAAUAUGACGAUGAUGACGAUGAGGACAGGAAUGAUGAACUAGUCCGAUGGAGACGUCAAACAGUGGCUCAGGCUGUUCAGAGAAAGGAGAAAAAUCUACUGAACUUUUACUCUGAGGUGUCUGCAGUAAACCACCAGCUUCUCAUCCAGCUGGAAACGGCGAGGGACAUCAAGGCCAGGAAUGAAGGAAAAGUCACUCGGGUUUUCAUCACUCAGCACCAACAGAUCCAGGGGAGGGACCUCGAGGAGAGUGUUAGUCUGAAAACUGAAUUAAGUAAGGAGACUUCCAGGCGCUUACGUGCUGAACGUGAGCUGGAAACAUACCGCAAGAGGCUUGUAGCUCUGAGGAACAGAAGAGGAGUGGAGAGGGUGGAGGAGAGGGAGGUGGUGGAAUACUACCGUGACCCCACGCUGGAGCUGGAACUACAGUCCUUGACAAAACUGAUCCAGGAUGAAACUUUCAAAAGGUCAAGAUUCCAUUCAGAGAUAGAAGUUUACAAAGAGAAAAUAACCAAAGCCCGACUGACCAAAAUAGAACCUAAACUAAUGAUUAAGAUUGAGACGCAGUAUGAGAGAGAUUUUAAACUUGACAAAGAAGCUGCCAGGAUUAGGGAGGAGAUGCAGAGGAUACGACUGGAGCGCCAAACAAUAGAUACCAAGAUGUAUCAUAUGAAAACUGAGCUCACUGUUCUUGCUCAGCAGAAAACCACAAUCAGGGAGAGGGUUGUCAGAAAAGAGGUGGUGAAGAUUGAAAAAGAUCCAGAGAUGCUGAAUGCUGUUCUCAAGUUCAAGAGUGAGAUUGCAACACUGGAAUCCCAUUGCAAGUCUCUUAACGAGAGCAUUUCUAGCACAAGGAUCCAGAUUAACACACUGGAGAGGGUCAUUCCCACCAUCCAACCGAGGGAAGUCACCCGAGUGCUGACACAAGUGCAGCAAGAUCCAGAAACACUCGAAGAGUCAAAGAAACUACGAAUAGCCUUGGAGGAGGAGAGACGUGAAUAUGCAAUCUUGAUGGAGGACAUGAGAACCCUUCGGCUCCGCUACACUGAAGUGGAGAAGGUAAGCAUUAAAGUCGAGGUUAGGGAGAUCAUCAAUGAGGUCUACAGAGUCACCCCUGAGAUAGAAGCCGAGCUUGUGCGUCUGCGGAAAGAGCUGCAAGAAUGGAGCCGUAAACACACAAUUUUGGAAAAGGAAAUGAACACAGUGAUGACGACUCGGACUACCCUGCGUGCUCAGAAACCCAUAGUGGAAUACAAGGAGGUGAUCCAGGAGGUGGUCAAAGUUCAGAACAGCCCAGAAGUAAUCAAGGAAUUACAAAGACUAACCAGCGAAGUUUCCCGUCUGCAACGCCACUAUAACUCCACCCUAGAGCUGCUGACCACACUCUUUCAAGAGAGAGACACGCUGAAGGUUGAAAAGUCCAAGGUGGAGACCAAGAUUGUUGUCAAAGAGCUCGUCAGGUAUGAGAAUGAUCCUCGUCUUGAGAAAGAGGCUGACAGACUUCGGAAGUCUGUGAGAGAAGAGAGUCAGCUACGCCGCAGUGUGGAGGAGUCUCUCGUUGAACUCCGUAACCAAUACAUUUUUCUUGAAGAGCAGAAGCAGGAGGAGAGGAUUGUUGUGCAUGAAGUGGUGCGUAUUCAGAAAGACCACAAGCAGAUCCUGGAGCAUGAGAGGUUGAGCAGGACUCUGAAUGAGGAAAUAACAGCCCGUAGACAGCUUGAAAUGGAUGUCAGGCAGCUCAGAACCCUGAUUCGAGAAAAAGAGACUAGCCUAUCUCAGACAGAUGUCCAUCAGAUUAGGAUCCAACUAGAUUCGGAGCUCAGCCAGAUCAAAUCUUUCAUUUAUGAAUUUGAAAAUAAGCCCAUUGAGGAGAAGGUUGUCAUCAAAGAGGUCUUCAAAGUGGAGAGGGACCCUGAGCUUGAAAAAGUUAUCGCGGGUUUACGCGUUCAGUUGGAGACUGAGGCCACUAAUACCAAUCAUACUGAGAAAGAAAUUCGCAACCUGGCGGUCAAGUUGGAGGUCCUGCAAAAGGAGAAGUCUGUUGAGAAGGUCAUUUACAGAGAAGUUGUUCAUGUAGAGAAUGACCCAGCAGUGGAAGCUGAACUGGAACAUCUAAGACAGCUAGUAACACAGGAGAGAAAUCUUAGGUGUGACCAGGAAGCUAAAAUUCAGAACAUCACCAUCAAAAUAACCCAUCUGCAGACAUCAACGACUGUAAUUUCUGAGGAGGAGACUACCAGAAGAGAUGCCCUGCAGAGAGAGAGGGACGAUCUCCUCAGACAGCUCAAAACACUGGAGUCUCAAAGACAGAACAUCACUAUAACCUUCCAGCAACAGUCCAAGCUGGUGAGCGAGAGAAAGGAGAUUGCACUGCAGAGGAGUCUUGAAACAUCCUCUGAAAUGCAACGUCUGGAGAGAGAAAUCCUCACCGAAAAAGACAAAAUACACCAGAGAGAUUCACUCAUAAUUGAGCUGCAGAACAGCAUCAAACAAGAAGAACAUUCUCACACUCAAACCAGAGAGACAAGUCGUUCCACAAAGAUCACCAUCAUGGAUCCAGAAACCGGUAAAGACAUGUCUCCCUAUGAUGCCUACGUGCUUGGCCUAAUUGAACGUGACCACUACAUCAGGCUGUCAAAGUUGGAGUGCGACUGGGAGGAAAUCACUUCAAGUGGUCCAGAUGGGGAUACAACAAUUCUACAGGAUCGCAAAAGUGGAAAGCAGUACUCUAUCAAAGAUGCUCUGAGAGACGGUCGCUUGACCCAACUUGACCUGACGAACUACAAGGAAGGGAAUAUGCACAUUUCUGAGCUGGCCCUCCUUGUUGUGGGGGAAACCAAACAAACCUCAAUCUCUACUUUGAGCUCCAUGCGAUCCUCCCUUAGGUCGUCCUAUACCAGCCUCAACACUCACGAUAGUGGUAGUUCAAACAACCUCACUGCUUUAACUUGUGAGGAGUAUUUCCCCAUCUCUGGGAUUUUCGACACCACCACUGAAAGCCGCAUGUCUGUGAGAAGCGCCCUGACCCGCAAAAUCAUCGAUAACGACACGGCUCUGACACUGCUGGAGGCACAAGCAGCCUCUGGUGGAAUCGUUGAUCUCAACAAAAAGGAUAAAAUGUCCAUCCAUAAGGCAGUCGCGCAAGGUUUAAUAGACCAAGGUCACAUGUACAAGCUUCUGAACGCCCAGAAGGCCUUCACAGGAGUCGAGGAUCCAGUGACCAAAGUGCGCCUUCCAGUGGGGCUGGCAGCACAGAAAGGGUAUAUUCCUGCAGAAAAUGCCAGGAGGUACAUGGAGGCGCAGUAUCUGAUUGGUGGGUUGGUGAACCCCGCUAAAGCAGGCCGCAUCACUGUCCAAGAAGCUCUCGCUGGCAAUCUAAUCGACAGCACAACUGCUGAUCAGCUGCUGGAUGAGACUUCCCACACAAAAGUGCUGGUGGACCCCAUCACUAAAGAGAAGAUAUCGUACAAGCAGGCGAUGGAUCGGUGUAAGAGAGACAUCAGCACAGGGCUCCUGCUGCUUCCUGCAGCCUCCACUGAUACCUCAAACGCCCCGUCAUACUCAAACUAUCGGUUCAGUUCCACCAAUGGCAGAUACUAGAUAUUAAGUUGUACCAUGUACCAUGUUAUAUUUGCUGCAGCCACUGGUGUUAGAGGGGGUACGAUAAAAGUAUCUGGGGCAUAUAAGGGUAAACACUGAUGUGUUCAUACACUCAACAGUUACACAGGAAAAAUACUUUUCUGGUGAAAGUGUGGGUCUGUUUUUUACUCAGUUGUUUUACUUUUUUUUCUCACUUUGGGGUCUGUUGUGAAAAUGAGGGUAAUGUUUGCUGUUAAACUGUAAAGUGAAAUAAACUCCG